UUUGUGAACACCCCUAGUUAGGAGUUAGUUGUACAAAUAAAGUAGAGACCUCUCUAACCAUAACCCCUGCCCCUGCGAUAGGGUUUAUCUCUUUAUUCCACAUUUCCAUGAGCUUCUUCCGCCAUUGAAAUGGGCGGCGCCACCAACAGAUUCUUCGCUCUCCUAUCUUCAUCCACCACCACCACCACCACCACCUCUACCGCCGCAGCUCCCCUCCCUAUCCUCUUCCACCGUUACUCUUCUCUUCUCAUCCGCCUCCAUCGUCGUCCAAAACUCUCUCUCCUCUUACACUCCUCUACUCGCACCCACUUCCUCACUCUCUCUCAUUCCUCCGCUCCCAAAACUUCUCGCCUUUUUCAUUCCCACGUCACUGCUUCCUCAUCCCUUCACGAUAAUUUCCCCGACUCCUCCAUCGCUGGGGCCAGCAUCUCCUGGCCUGAGUGGUCCAGCCUCGUCAACGCGCUAUCCUCCGCCGGUUACUUCAACCGGAGUCAGGGUUUCUCCGCCGGUGAGGAUGAGCUUCUUAAAGUCGAAGAGUUAUCUGAAGAGUUCACUCGCGCGGCGAGGGCUUGCUUAGAGUUCGCGCGGGAACGACCUAAACUCAUAAGAUUGCUGCCGAGGAGAGAUGUGGAGGUGGUGAUUGGAAAUGGGACACCAUUUCUUUUCAAAGAUGCUGAUAAUCUUGUGCAAAAGCUUAAGUCUUUCGCAUCUAAUGGUGAAUCCAAAUCCAAUGUACUGGAUAUGGAUAAAGUGAGCACAGUUGAUUUGAUGAAAUUCAUAUUAAGUUAUGCUAGCAACUUUGUGUCUUCUUCGGAAAGUAAUAAUUUCUACAAUAGAGAGCUAGUUGAACCAUCUAUCCGGAAUUUGUUGAGAGAAUUGACGAAGCUAUGUACUACUAUUCCCGAUUCAACUUCUUUUGGCUCAGUGCAAAGUCAGUUUGCUGGUAAUAAUGGACAAUCACGGAGGCCGUUUGGGCAAAAUAUUGAAAUGAAAAGAGGUGACUGGAUUUGUUCAAGGUGUAGUUUCAUGAACUUUGCUAAAAACAUAAAAUGUCUUGAAUGCGAGGAGGCAAGACCAAAGAGACAACUAACUGGCGGGGAGUGGGAGUGUCCUCAAUGUGACUUCUUCAAUUAUGGGAGUAACUUGGUAUGCUUGAGGUGUGACUGCAAGCGUCCUGGAGGGGUCUCAGUUGGUCCAACCAAUACCAGACCACCUGUGGCAUAUGAAAGUGCAAACAAUUCAAAUAAGGCUGAGAUUGAUAGUAGGCUUGCUGCCAAUGAAGAGAAGGCACAACGGUGGUUUAGUAAGAUUUCUCAGCUGGACAGUACUUCUGACAUGAGUAGUGCCAUAGCAGAUGAUGAUUUUCCUGAAAUAAUGCCAUUGAGGAAAGGAGUUAACAGAUUUGUUGUGAGCACAAGGAAGACACCACUAGAGAGGAGGCUGGCCAACUCUCGAUACCAAACCAACUUGGGUAAUAAUGGCACCACUGAAGGUGGACAGCCGCAAGGGAGAAAUUCCGGUUAUGUUCCAUUUGUGCCAUUACCAGCAGAUAUGUUUGUGAAGAAACCAGAGAAUACACAACCAGAGGAUUUGGGUAAGGUAGCCACUGGACAUAAUGAAUCUGCUGCAUCGAAUACAAUUGAGUUGUCAGAUAAUGUUAGUGGGAGUUACGAGUCUACUAAAUUUAAAUCAGAAGAUAGUAGCCAGAACCAGGCUGAAACUAAAGAGAACAAAGAAGCUGAAAAAUCUGACAGAUGGUAUAAAAAGAUUGCUGAGUUGCAUAAUGUCACAGAUCUGGCUAGUGAAAUUUCAGAUGAAGAUUUCCCUGAAAUUAUGCCAAUGCGGAAAGGAGAGAAUCGAUUUGUUGUAAGCAAGAAAAAAGAUCGUUCAUUGACCUCUCCAGCCUACAAAAGACAAAUGGCCAUGGAUCAAGCUAGCAAUACUAAAUUUGUACCCUUUGUUCCCUUCCCACCUGAUUACUUUGCGAAAAAGGGCAAACCCCAGGCAGAUGGUACUGACUUAUCUGAUAAGGAUGCUGAGCCAAAAACUCCAGAUUCUAGAAUGGCAGAACAGGUACCAGAAAAGUUGGCUAAUAAUGCUAAAGCAGGGGAACACAGUAAGGACCGUUUUCAGCAAGCAGAAAAUCAUGCUGGCAUGCCAAGCUGGAAAUCAGAGGCUUCCCGAGUUAACAUAAGUGAGAAUAACACUGGUACUACCUAUGGGACACCCUCCAAUGCAAACUUUUCCCAGAGUUCUGCUAAGACGUACAACAGUAGCAACAACAACUUGAGCAGGGAAAAUGUUAGAAAGGAAACUUCAAAUCAGCUAUCGAAUAUAACCGGAAGUUCACCCCAAGCCAACAACCAGAAUAAUGGAGAUGGUUGGACAGGGAAGAGUUUGGAGGGGUCUGCGGUGAAGGAACCAGAUCCUUUAGACAUGUCAGAGGAAGCCAAGGCUGAGAGGUGGUUCCGGAGAGUUGCACAUAUCAAGGACAUCUCAGAACUGAGUCAGAUUCCCGAUGAAGAUUUCCCGUCAAUAAUGCCAAUGCGUAAAGGGGUUAACAGGUUCGUUGUGAGCAAGAGAAAAACACCACUGGAGAGGAGGUUGACAUCUCCUCAGUACAGAAGAAAUCUUCCCAUUGUGAGUUCUGAUCCAGUUAAGAAGGAAACUGACAAUAGCUAAAUUAUGAGAAGAACAAGAAAAAAAGGUUGAAUGAAAAUAGAAAUUGUUUGAAUUUAAAAUAUGAUGUUUAUCAAUUCAAUUAGUCAUAAUUGAUUAUGAAAGGAAGAAGAAUAAUUCAUCUUCAUACAAUACAAAUCGUUGUAAUGUGUAUACAGAAUUUUGACAUUGGAGCUAAGUGAAUUAAAGAUUAUUUGCAUGGGUA